AGCUGCUCAAAAGGCCAUCCGUAACAACAAUGGAUAAAUUCAUAUAAAUUCUUCAUCUUCUUCGUAUCUAGUAUCUUUGUAUAUAUUCUUUAUUUAACGUUUAUAUACAUUCAGACACUUUUUUUGCUUAAUCGAAUGGCAACUCAUUUUAUGAGUCCAUGCUCAUAUUCUUCAACUAACUUCUCUACUUCCUCAUGUUUCAAGAAUGACGUAGAACUGUUGAGUAAAUUCAUCUCAUUGCCAAGAAGAUCAGGUUUCUCUAAAUGGGUAUCUCAGAUUCAUUCACGAAUGCAUGGUAGAAAGCAUUUUUGUCUCAAGUCCUCGAAUGGGCAUCCUCUACCUGCUGUAUCUUCCCAAGAUGGUUUAGCUGAAAAUCAUGUGGUCAAAGAACAUAAUGAACCUCAAAGGAAAGAAGGGCUAUCUAUUCCAAUCUCUGAAGCCGAGAAAGUAGAGUCUAAUAUCAGUAUUACAGUUGUUGGUGCUUCCGGAGACCUUGCUAGGAAGAAGAUUUUUCCUGCACUUUUUGCUCUUUUCUAUGAAGAUUGGCUACCUGAGAACUUUACAGUAUUUGGUUAUGCUCGAACUAAGUUAACUGAUGAGGAGCUAAGGAACAUGAUUAGCCAGACAUUGACUUGCAGAAUCGAUAAGAGGGAAAACUGUGAAGACAAAAUGGAACAGUUUUUGAAAAGAUGUUUUUACCAGGCUGGUCAAUAUGACUCUGAGGAACAUUUUCUGGAAUUGGACAAAAAGCUGAAAGAGAAAGAGGCUGGAAAAUUGUCGAAUAGGCUGUUUUACUUAUCAAUUCCUCCAAAUAUAUUUGUGGAUGUGGUGAGAUGUGCUAGUGCUAGAGCUUCUUCAACAAAUGGGUGGACAAGGGUGAUUGUUGAGAAGCCGUUUGGUCGUGACUCAGAGUCAUCCAGUGAGCUAACCAGAUGUUUGAAGCAGUAUCUAACUGAAGAACAAAUCUUCAGGAUUGAUCAUUAUUUGGGCAAGGAGCUGGUUGAGAAUCUAUCAGUGCUCCGUUUCUCAAAUCUUGUUUUUGAGCCUUUAUGGUCAAGGAACUACAUUCGCAAUGUGCAACUGAUAUUUUCUGAAGAUUUUGGCACAGAGGGACGUGGAGGAUAUUUUGAUAACUAUGGCAUAAUAAGAGAUAUAAUGCAAAACCAUUUGCUGCAAAUACUAGCAUUGUUUGCAAUGGAGACACCCGUUAGCUUAGAUGCUGAGGACAUCAGAAAUGAGAAGGUAAAGGUUCUGAGAUCAAUGAAACCAUUGCAACUUGAAGAUGUAAUAAUCGGCCAAUAUAAAGGCCACAGCAAGGGUGGUAAAGCGUAUCCUGCUUAUACAGAUGAUCCAACCGUGCCAAAAAAUAGCACUACACCAACAUUUGCAGCAGCAGCUCUUUUCAUCAACAAUGCCAGAUGGGAUGGGGUUCCUUUUCUAAUGAAGGCAGGCAAAGCUCUUCAUACAAGGCGAGCAGAGAUCAGAGUGCAAUUCAGACACGUACCUGGUAACUUGUACAAGCGGAAUUUCGGAACUGAUUUAGACAAGGCAACAAACGAGCUUGUGCUUCGUGUGCAACCUGAUGAAGCUAUAUAUCUCAAGAUCAACAAUAAAGUUCCUGGUCUUGGAAUGAGAUUAGAUCGCAGCGACCUAAAUUUGCUAUACCGAGCAAGGUAUCCUAGAGAAAUACCAGAUGCAUAUGAGAGGCUUCUUUUAGAUGCAAUAGAAGGAGAAAGAAGGCUGUUUAUUAGGAGUGAUGAGCUCGAUGCUGCUUGGUCAUUAUUCACACCAUUGUUAAAGGAACUCGAGGAAAAGAAGAUUGUUCCGGAGCUUUACCCCUAUGGCAGCAGAGGUCCAGUUGGAGCACAUUAUCUUGCUGCAAAACACAAUGUUCGCUGGGGAGAUCUUAGUGAAUAGCCUCAUGAAAUAGCUUUGAGUGAAUUAAAAUUUAAGAUGUCACCAUUAAGUACUACUGAAUAAUAUGCAAAUAAUUGAAAUAGAUAAAGAUCAAUAAUGAUGCAAAUGAGCGAUUAGAUUUCGA